AUGGUGCGAAUAAAGGACUCCAGCCAAAUGUAGGUAUCCUUGUUUGUCUUUACCUUCAUUUUUUUGUGCUAAUUUAAAAAAAGAUUUUUUUACUGAAAAUCAGCGUAAGCUUAACUUCAGGCUACAAUGAGUCAAACAAAAAUUAUUAGAGAGCACUUUUAAGUGUAAAUUUAUAUAGCUUUAGUCCUCUACCAGAAGCGUCGCAAAAAAAUGGCAAAGAAGAACCAGAACGCAGAGCUACAUUCUUCGACAUUGUAAGUUAAAGCUGUAGUUAUUUUAAUAUUUUUAAAAUUAUAAAUUUCUCAGCUACUAUGUCUUUAAAUACUUUGUAUUUAUUUUAGUAUCGUUACGCGAACAGAUGGGAUCUUAUAGUACUGUUGUGUGCUUUAGCAUUAAGUCUGACACAAGGAGCGUUCUACUCCAUGAAUCCCAUGAUCUUCAAGGAUCUCACCAACGCUUUAAUAGAAGGCGCUUACAGAUGGGAGAUCGGAAUGUUCGACUACGAUGACUUUCACGAUAAAGCCAUGAAGGCAAUCUGGAAGUACCUGGUCUUCGGUCUAGGAGUGUUUCUAUGUGGAUUCUUUGGUGUAAGUUGUCGUACAUUGUCUUGUUACUAUUUUAUUUAUAAAAAAAAAUCUAACUAUGUAUAAUAGAAUGGCACAGUUUUAACUUUUAUUUUUUGAAUUUUUUUAAAUUUAGAAAUAUUUUAUGUUAACAAUGUAAGCAAACUCAUUGCAGAUGAGUUGUUGGAACAUUGGAUCAGAAAGACAAGUCUACAAAAUCAGAAUGCGCUUCUUUAGAGCCUUGUUGCGACAAGACCGUAGCUGGUUUGACAAACACGAUUCUGGAGUUUGGACUACCAAGAUGGCUGAGUAAGACUAUUAUUACAAGCGCUUUUAGUUACAGUAGUCUUUGAAAUGUCAAAGUUAAUAAUUUUAGUGGAAUCGACCGAAUAAAGGACGGCAGUGGUGACAAACUGGGUCUGGUUUGCUCGUUUUUGGCUCAGUUUAUAGGCGGAAUGACUGUUUCUUUUACAUACAGGUUAGUAACAGGCGUUUGUAACAUAUAUAUAUAUAUAUAUUUAUUGUAUUUUCAAAAUAUUACGUAAUUUAGUUACUUUAUGUAAGACUUUUACCUUUCACUUGAAUUUUAUAGUAGGUAACGACAAUUUCAGUUGGAAGAUGAGUUUGGUCAUGUUAGGUCUUCUGCCUUUGAUCUUAAUAGCAGUUUUGGCUAUUGGGUUCUUCUCGAAGAAGUUCAUAAAAGGUGAACAAGGCUUCUACGGUCAAGCGGGCUCUGUAGCCGAGGAAGUGUUGUACGGCAUUCGCACGGUGAUGGCCUUCAAUGGUCAAGACAGAGAAGUUGAAAGGUAAGAACAAGCUAUGUUUUUAUUCUGUUCCGAUAGUUAUAGUAACUUCAUUGGUCAUUGUUUCAAUUUUGUUCACAAUUGUUGCUGUUAUAGGUAUUCAAAGUACCUUGGACUAGCCGCUUCCGUGGGUGUGAAGAAGGGCAUGGUGAUGGGAAUUGGCACUGGCUUCGUGAUCUUCCUUCUGUUCGGAUCCAUGGGUUUUUCCUUCUGGUAAUUGGUCUCUAUGCUAUAUUGUCAUUGUUUAGGUAUGGUACCAAACUUGUCAAUGAUGGAAUGGAAGCUGGUACUGUGUUCGCUGUCUUCUGGGCCUUCAUGAUUGGAGUGUUGGCUUUGGCUCAGAUGGCUUCUCAAAUAACUGCAGUAAUGGCUGCCCACAAUGCUGCUGCCGAAGUUUUCAAUGUCAUCAAUAGUGUACGGUAUCAAAUUUUUUAUAUCUUACUGUAUAUUGUAAUUUAACAAGUAAUUACUAACCUUUUUAUUAAAACUAUUCAGGUGCCAAAGAUCGACAGCUUGUCAAAAGACGGCACGGUGUUACAUCACAGUGAAAUCAAAGGGAAUAUACGAUUCCGAGACGUUGAAUUCAGAUACCCAACACGGCCAGAAGUCCAGAUUCUGAAGAAGAUCAGCUUCACAGCCGACCAGAAUCAGACCGUGGCCUUAGUUGGCAGUAGUGGAAGCGGGAAGUCUACAGUAAUCUCGCUGUUACAGUAAGUAGAUAAACUAUUCGUAGUAUUAAUACGCAGAAACCUGUUACAGGAGAUUCUACGACCUUGAGCACGGUACCAUCUUCCUCGAUGACAUUCCUAUAUCAGAAUUAAAUGUCCACGGACUUCGGAAUGUCAUAUCUGUAGUCGCUCAGGAACCAGUACUAUUUUCUGGUACCAUUGAAGAAAACAUCAGAAUGGGGAAUCCGACGAUCGACGAGAAGGAAGUUUUAGAAGCCGCCAAAACAGCCAACGCCUACGACUUCGUAAUGAAUCUGAAGGACAAGUUCCAGACCCAGAUCGGCGACGGAGGGAUUCAGCUUUCUGGAGGUCAGAAGCAGAGAAUCGCCAUAGCCAGAGCACUGGUCAGGAAUCCGAAAGUUCUGCUUCUGGACGAAGCCACUUCUGCGUUGGACACGGAUUCCGAGAGGAUCGUGCAAGAAGCCCUCAAGAACGCUUCUACUGGGAGAACGACGAUCGUUGUAGCACACAGACUGUCUACGAUCAAGCACGCUGACAAGAUUCUGGUAUUCAGCGAAGGCGAGAUCGUGGAGGAAGGUAACCACGACUCAUUGAUGGCCUUUAACGGAGUCUACAGCUCAUUGGUUCAGGCACAAGAGAUUGUCAAGUUGAAGACUGAAGAUGAUUUGGUUGGUAAGGUUCAGACUAGUCGCAAUUAAUUUGAAUAAAAUAAUUUCUGGAAUUUUAGAAAAUUUAUAAGAUAUAAGCAGUAAAUAUUUCAGAAGAAGAAGAACGAAUUGAACCUAAUGAACUACAACGAAGUAUUCGACUUCGAAGAUCAACAAGACACAUGAGUCGAGCAAUGUCACACGUAUCCACCACAGCGGACAAAGAAGACGACAUUGACAGGUUGAAGGUAAGAUAUUGGCCUGUUCCUUUUUUUAUAGCUUUUUUUACAAAUUGCAUAUAAAGGAAGAUAUAUGAAUAAACAUUUGGUAUGAGUUUUAGGAAGAACUGGCAGAAUCCAACAUCAAGCCAUCAGACUUCAAAACGAUUAUCCUUUUUGCCCGAAACGAAUGGAAACUAUUGAUUUUUGCAGUGAUGGCAGCCCUAGUCAGGGGAGUACUGUUCCCCCUGUUCUCAAUCAUUUAUGGCCAAGCUUUCAAGGCCUUUGCCACGUCUAGUCCAGAUGAGAGGAUGAAGCAGGCUGUCUGGAACUGUAUCUACUUUUGUAUUCUGGGCGUUGGAGGAGGUAUCACCAUUGGUCUUGGCAGUUAUUUGUUUGGAAAAGCUGGUGAAAGUCUGACAAAGCGGUUGAGGGUAGCUCUGUUUAGGAAUAUUGUGUAUCAGGUAUGGUUUACUUAGUAUUAUGAAGAAGACAGUUUUAUUUGAUUGAGUCUUUAUCACUUUUUUUGAAUAUAUUAUCAUACUCGUUCGCUUCAGGACGGUCCCUACUUUGAUGACCAAAGGCACUCUCCUGGAAAGUUGACUGGCAGAUUAGCUACAGAUGCGCCAAACAUCAGAGCGGUAAGUCACGAAUAUGACAAUAAUAUUGAUAUAUGUUUCUUGAUAGGCGAUUGACCAACGUUUGGCCGAUGUCGUAGCUUCGUUUUCGGCCAUGAUCUCAGGAGUUACCAUCGCAUUCUGUUAUGGACCGGCAAUGGCACCAAUCGGAAUAGCUACCUCAAGUUUUCUGGUUUUGCUACAAACUCUACUCUCACGGUAUUUGAAGAAGCGAGGACAUACUGAUGCAGUACUGGCGGAGGAGCCUGCACGAGUAAGUAUUUCAAUAUUACAUUUAAAAUAUAAGAGAAAACUUGUUAACUAUGAAAUAAGACUUGUGCUAAUUGAGCAAUUUUGGUGCUAAACCUCAACCUUGUUUUAGCUGGCAUCUGAAGCCAUUGAGAAACACAGAACGUUGCAAGCGUUAACCAGAGAAGCCUACUUCGACGCCCUGUUCCAGAAGUUAAUCGAGAAACCUCAUAAAAGGGCGCUGUUCCGAGGGGUAAUCCAAUCCCUUACCUAUGCUUUACAUGCCAGCUACGUCUUCUUCAACUUUGCUGCAGCUUAUCGAUACGGAGUGUUCUUAAUCAAGGAGAAUAUUAUCGAUCCCUACACUACAUUCCAGUAAGUUUCUCGCUAUUUUUGACUCAAUAAUCUAAUUAUUAAUUAAAAAAAGCAACCUUUUGUUACCAAAAAUAGUAAUUUUUAUCGAAAAAUCGUCUCGAAUACCUAAAAAUAUAAUAUUCAGAGUAAUCGAAGCCUUGAACUGCUCAACCAUGACAAUGCUGGCCUUUGCCACGUACUUCCCCGAGUACGUUAGAGCACGUUUGAGUGCGGCCAUCAUCUUCAAGAUGCUGGAAGACAAGCCCACGAUCAGCUACAAAUACCCAGACUACCAGCCGGCUCUUGAAUUCGACGACUGGAGUUUCGAAUCCGUGGGUUUUGCCUAUCCAACGAACCCAAACAGGAAAAUAACAAAAGAUAUCACCUUCACAGUUCCAAAACAGAAGACGUUGGCGUUGGUGGGUGUUAGUGGGUGUGGGAAGAGCACCAUCAUACAACUUCUGGAGCGCUACUACAACCCCGAUUCUGGAUGCAUUGUGAGUUUUGUGGAAAUUCACGUUUAAGAAUUAUUUUUAAAGAUUUUUAAUCAGAAAUUUUACAAAAUUUUGUAUUAGCACAAUGCCAAUAUUGAUUUUCGAUGAGGUUUGUGGUGUUUCGUCAUAAUUGUUUGAUGUUUCGCAAUGAUAUAUUUUUAGAAAGUGAAUGGGGUUGAUAUCAGUGAUGUGAGUCUGGCAUACUUGAGGUCGAAGGUGGCUCUGGUUGGUCAAGAGCCGAUCUUGUUCAAUUACUCAGUAAGAGAAAACAUCGCUUAUGGUCUAGAUGAAGUGUCAUUUGAGCAAAUACAAGAAGCUGCUCGGCUAGCCAAUGCUGAUGAUUUUAUCACCAAUUUGCCGGAGGUAAGGAAUUUGCUUUUUUAAACUUGAUUUAGAUUAAAAUGGUUAUAGAUUAGUUAAUUUUUUGUAAAUACACCAGUCUUUUAUAUAAAUAACCUCAGGGAUACGAGACCAAGGCUGGCGAGAAGGGAUCGUUGCUUUCUGGAGGGCAAAAACAAAGAAUCGCCAUUGCUCGUGCCAUAAUCAGAUCUCCCAAGCUUCUGUUGUUAGAUGAAGCCACGUCAGCGUUAGAUUCAGCUAAUGAACUCUUAGUUCAAGAAGCUUUAGACCGAGUUCAGGAAGGUCGGACGACUAUUGUCAUUGCCCAUCGACUGACGACAAUUCAGAAUGCUGACCAUAUCUUGGUCAUAGACAAUGGGCAGAUCGUGGAACAAGGAACUCACGCUCAGCUACUGGCUUUGAACGGGAUUUACAAGAAUUUAUCACAAAAACAAUCUCUCUGA